AAUGGGGGCCGUGACGGGGGCAGGGAGAGCCGGUGAGCAAGACUCCGGCGUUUGGGAAAUCUAACGCAAUGUUUAUUGCGAGUCGGCAGGCGGGGACCCGGGAAACAUUUCCUCAGGUCAGGCUCCCUGCUUGAGGGGUGCGCUGCACGUUUAUGGGGUGACGAAAUAAGGAAGUUACACGUAUUCAUGCAGUUUGUGGGGAAUCAUAUGCACACGAACAGCGGGACGGGGGCAGAUGUCUGAGCCGGAUGCCGGUACCCGACCUCGGGCUUCUCAGUGUUUGGCCUCAGUUUUGUUGUGCAGCCUUUUAAUGGCGCUUUUCCAGCCUUUUAAUGGUGCUUUUGCUCCAGGUCAUGCUUCGUGGGCCUCAACUGGUCUUAACUGGUUGGAGCCACCAGGCUCUGAAGUCAGGCUGGGAUUUUCCAGGAAGUUAGAAGCUGAAAAACAGCCCAAAGAGAUCUUUAGAGAGUGUGGCAGAGUUUCUUGUUUGUCACCCUUACACCCCUGUCUCCGGUAUGCUGUCCCACCCCACCCCCGUGCCCCUUUGUUCUCUUUUCAUUUUCUUUAUAUUCCAGACUGGGCCACACACUUCGGCCUCCUUGGGCACCGCCCCUAACGCGCAUGUGCCAGCACAUCCAAGAUUUUCCCAGCCUUUCAGCCUUUGCACCAGAAAGGAGAGGCCCAUGGAGCUGCCUGAAGAAUGCAGGUCUCAGGUGUGGUGCAGAGAGAACUAGUCCAGUCCAGGCAGCUGAGGACCUAGGGUGACCGUCUUGCACAUGCGUUAAUCACAGGGAAGGAUUUCAACUGCUCUGGCUGGUGUGUGGGCCAAGCAUUAUUCAUCUGCCUCCAAACUGCCCAGGCCUCUGCUUACACUCCCAUCCCUCUUCCCAAAGUGGCUUCUUGGGCUCAGAGACGACAUUCCCUUAGACUUCCAGAAACUGGAGAAGGAAAUGGUCUCAGUGGUCAUUGAGGAUGUGGCCGUGGUCUUUAGCCAGGAAGAGUGGGCAUUGCUGGAUGUUGCUGAGAGGAAACUCUACAGAGAUGUGAUGAUGGAAACCUUCAGAAACCUGACCUCAGUAGUCUCCCAAAACCUUAACAAUGGAGAAAAGUUAUCCAGUGAACAUACAGUGCUGCAAUACAUAAAGAAUAACCCCUGGUUGUCCAUGUUAGGAGAAAUCUGCACAUGGAAUGGCAACGUAGAUCACUCUGAAAACCAGGGGAGACAUUUGAGCAGUCAUACAGCAGAGAACUUCCAUGGAAGUAAUGAAGGCACUCAGUGUUGGGAAACCUGCAACCGGAUUUUGGAUCUUACUGCACUGAAAAGAAACCCUCCAGACGUAAAUCCUUUUGAAUGCUCUGAGUGCGGAAGAGUCUUCAUGGAUUACUCGUCAUAUAACCAUCAUAUCAAAUUUUCCACCAGAUGCACUGCCUGUCAGUGUAAGGAAUGUGGAAAAUCCUGUAGUUGUUCCUCUCACCUAACCAUUCCUUCGAGAGAUCUUCAUGGAAAUAAACCCCAUAAAUGUAAGGUGUUUGGAAAGGACUUAAUUUAUAUGUCAACCCUUAAGAAUCCUGUGACAACGCUCACUGGUGAGAAAUGCUGUGAAUGUAACAAAUGUGUGAAAGGUUUCUGUAGUUCGUCAUCCUUUUCGACACAUGUGAGAGAUCAUAAGCAUGCAUGUAAAGAAUGUUUUGAAAUGAGUAGUCCUUCAUCCCUCAUUUUACCUAAAAAAUUUUCUAACAGAGAUAAGCCUUAUGAAUGUAAGGAAUGUGGGAAAGCCUAUAGUUGUUCCUCAGGACUCACUGUGCAUCUUCGAACUCACAGUCGAGAGAGGCCUUAUGAAUGUGAACAAUGUGGGAAAGCCUAUAUUCGUUCCUCAGAACUCACUGUGCAUCUUCGAACUCACAGUCGAGAAAGGCCUUAUGAAUGUGAACAAUGUGGGAAAGCCUUUAUUCGUUCCUCCUACCUCAGUUCUCAUAGAAGAACUCACAGUAGAGAGAGGCCUUAUGAAUGUAAGGAAUGUGGGAAAACCUUUAUUCGUUCCUCCCACCUCACUUCACAUAAAAGAACUCACAGUGGAGAGAAGCCUCAUGAAUGUACACAAUGUGGCAAAGCCUUUAGUCGUUCCACAGCCCUUGCUAGGCAUAAAAAAACUCACAAUGGAGUGAGGUCUUAUGAAUGUACGGAAUGUGGGAAAGCCUUUAUUUAUUCCUCAGCCCUUACUAUGCAUAAGAGAACUCACAGUGGACAGAAACCUUAUGAAUGUAAGCAAUGUGGGAAAGCUUUUAGUUAUUCCUCAGCCCUCAGUACGCAUAAAAGAACUCACAGUGGAGAGAGGCCGUAUGAAUGUAAGGAAUGUGGGAAAGCCUUUAUUUGUUCCUCCCACCUCACUUCACAUAUAAGAACUCACAGUGGAGAGAGGCCUUAUGAAUGUAAAGAAUGUGGAAAAGCCUUUACUCGUUCCACCAACCUCAUAUCACAUAUAAGGACUCACAGUGAAGAGAAACCUUAUGAAUGUAUGCAGUGUGGGAAAGCCUUUAGUUGUUACGCAACCCUCACUAGGCAUAAAAAAAAUCACAAUGGAGUGAGGCCUUAUGAAUGUACAGAAUGUGGGAAAGCCUUCAUUUAUUCCUCAGCCCUUACUGUGCAUAAAAGAACUCACAGUGGACAGAAACCUUAUGAAUGUAAUCAAUGUGGGAAAGCCUUUAAUUAUCCCUCAGCCCUCAAUUUGCAUAAAAGAACCCACAGUGGAGAGAGGCCUUAUGAGUGUAAGGAGUGUGGGAAAACCUUUAUUCAGACUUCACACCUCGCUAACCAUGCAAGAAUUCACAAUGGAAAAAGGCUUUCUAAACAUAAUGUGGAAAGCUUUUAGUUGUUCCUCACAUGUCACUUCACAUACAAGAAUUCAUGGUGACUUGAUUGAUUACUCUUAUGUCAAAAGCGGGAUGUUUUUCCUUACUGUUACAAUUUCGAGCAGCAAAUUUCUGAAAGUCUACAAAGAACAAAGUUUCUUAGUGAGAAAUCAAUACUAACUCAAAAGAAGGGAUCAUUAAAAGUAAUUUAUGCCUUUGGGAGAAAUGACAGGUUCAUUGUAACUGUGGGACUGUACUCAUCAGUGUUUGUUACUUUAUCAGUCCAAGCUAAAUUUUACCUUUCUUAAAUCCUUGCUAUUACAAAUGAGGCUGUAGGGACUAGACUUGAGCAAAUGUGGUUUUAUGUUAUUUAAUGUUAUCAUUGAUGUUAUUUUGGAAACAGUUAAGUACGCUCAUCUUGUAUUUGGUUCAGAUGGUUUUAUUUUCAUAUUUGAAACAUUCCUUCCAUUCUUUCCUAUUGUAAAUUAAACUGUUUUAUCUAUUAUAAUUAAUAAUUCUCAUAUAGCGAUACUUUGAGACUGUGCAAAUAUUCUGUUUUUCAUUGUACUUCAGCCUAUUAUGUAUUAUUAUUACUGUGGUGUUUAUUAGAUAUUUUUUGUUCCAAUAUCUAAUAAUAAUGUAUCUAUUAAUUGGAAUUCUGAAAGAAAUAGCUUUUCCUUCUCUCUGAUUUAUGUUUUUAACUGAUCAUAAUUGUAUAGGCAGUCCACGGAUUCUGGUGGAGUUCCUUUCCUAACUGUGCAUUUAAGCUGAAUUUGCACGUGGGAACAGGUAGGUACGAUUUUUUGUAUGUAUUGUUAUUUAGUCAAAUGUUUUCCUUGAAAUACACCGUACAGUGUACCUUUGUAUGCAUAAAAAAUUUUUUAAGAAACACUUUUAGUUACAAUAAAACAUUGUUUACAUAAUAGUACAGUAAUAACGGUAAUGAGGUUUUGAUACACAUUACAAAGUCAUAACCGUAUGUUAUUACAAACACCUGUCACUUCAUUGGAUUCCCUCUUGAUACACUUCUCUCACUUCUGACUUGGGGAGGCUAGGAGGCUGCCCUCCUAGGCGCUGCACAUGUGAUCCCGCUCCAGAGGGUGGUAGGGAGGGAAGUGCAGAGCAUGGACCCCACCACUGCACGACUCUUAACCUGACCUUACAGGGGACGUCAGCCUCCGCCCAGUUCCAAACAGUAAGAACAAGCAACAUGGUGACACCGCAUCACCACUGGGCAAGGGAUGCAGGACUUGAGUUCCUGCAGAAGGGGAUCUUCGUUUGUAAGAGGAUGAGCCAAAUUUGAAAGUCAUGAGUCAGUCUGGUAAAUACCUGGGAGGUUGGCAUCCAACAGUAAAGGUGGAAAGAAGCUGGUAUAGAUAAAAGACAGUAAAAGGAACAAGGGAUUUUAAAUGAGAGUGGAAGAUCAAACCCUGAGUGGUACUAAGGAUUGAGAAUAAUUCUGAUCUCACUCCUGGAAUCAGGUACAAAGAGUGUGAGAAAAGCAACUUUUUCACCAAAAGUAGAGUGUCCACAAAAGGAUUGCUGGGAAUUACAGGAAGAAAGGUUUGCCCACUUUAACCCAACUCUAUCUUCCUUAUCAUGAGUUCUUUAUCCUCUUUUUCUUUCUAUUCCAUCAAUGUUCUCCAACUUUCAUAGCUCUGCUUUGUUCAGCGAAAAAGAGGGAGACCCUCAAUGAGAAGUGUUGACAGUGUUUUAUGUUGUACAUGGGGUUUUAAGUUCAUGAAACUUACCUCCUGCUGUGUGUCAAAUGAUAUGAAACCUAUCUACUCCCUCUAAUUUUGUAAUUAUAUAUUUCAGUACAGAAUUUAUGACUUAGGUUCCGUGUUUUAUAUCUGUUUGUUUCUGUUGUCUAUGCUGGUUCAUUCCCUGUGUGUCUGAUAAUUUGUUGUUUUGUCAUAGGCAUAUUCUUUAUGUUUUAUUAUUAUGUUGAACUGUGUUUAAAAUAUACUAAAGAAUGAGAGUUCUUAUAUUUGGUUUCAAGACUUAACAGUUGUCUUUAUGUUAGAUGUUUCAAUAAAAGAUAUAAUAGAAGAUAAAAUUUUUCUUCCAAAGAGGAUUUUUUUUUUGCCAAGACAGGUGUCUGGAGUUACUAUUACAAAUCUCAAGAGCCUUAGAACAUUCAGAGCUCAGUAUUCCCAUUUGUAUGGCUCACAACCAGGCCAUGUGGUCCUUGUGAUAUCUUGAUAUGGCUCGCACUUUUGGGAAGCCUGACCUCCAACAUCUGACCUGUCUGUGCCGCCAUCUUGAUCCUCCUGCUCCUUAUUUUCUGUUUUGAACCUUGCAGAUAGAUUAUAGAAGAAAUGGAAGGGCGGGGGGAAGAACGGCUCAUUUUUGACAAAGUGUUUUUAUGGUACACGUUCCCUCUGUUCCAGUCACUUGGUGGGUGUAUCUGGGGUACGCAUUCACAUAUUUCAACUGAUAUGACAGUUUUUCUGUUACAUACACAGGUAGGGUAUUCAUUUCCUUUCUAGUAAGAAAGUUUACUUUGAAGGUGAAAUAUGUUCUGAACAGUGACUUAAAGCAGGGACCAGCAAACACUUUUGUAAAGGACUAGAUAGUAAACAUCUUAGACUUUGCAGGCCAGAUGUUUACCUUUGGAAAGACUAAGCUCUGUCAGCGUAGCUUGAAAGCAACUGUAGGCAGUGUUUCCAUGAAUAGUGGCCGUGUUCCAAGGAAAUGCUAUUUACAAAUGCAGCUGUUGGGGCACAAUUGGUCUGGGGUUGUGUAGUGUGUUGACCCCUGACUUAGAGAGUAGAUUCAGAUAAAAAGAUCAGGCAAAUCGGAGAAGACACUGUAAAAUUCAUAGAACAAAUCCCAUGCAGCUUCCUUUCUGCUAGUGGGACUCACCUAAUAGAAGGCCCAGGAUGAUUACAUCAUCAGGCUCUGCUCUUGUCCCUGGCCAAUGCUGAUGUGACUGUCAGACCCUUAAUCACCCAGAUUUUCCAGUCUACCAAGCUACCCUACUUAAAAAAAUUUGCCUUCCGGUCAACUCAAGACUCAUGGCAGGCAUUGGGUU